AGCGCGCCCGGCGGAGCGGCCCUGCCUGCGCGGCCUGCCGCGCCCCUGAGUGCGGGGAGAAGGGAAAGCGCUAGCGCGGAAGCUAGCUCCGCGCCCCAGGAAACGCAAAGCGAUGCCUCGGUGCCUGCCUGCCCCCCCCUCCCCUCCUCUCGCCAGCGCAAGAAGUGCGCCGGCCCAGCGGCCCUGCGCCGCCUCCCAGACUACAUCUCCCAGCGGGGCGGGAAGCGCGGGCGGCCCUGUGGCCGCGGCCGGGCGGGGCCAGCCGGGGCCGAGCCUCACCGCGCCGGGAGGAGGACGCUGGCGAUGGCGGCGGCGGCGGCGGCGGGCAGGGGGCUGUAGCUUCAUCUGUGCCUUCUCCCGCCAGCACGGGAGGGAGGCUGCCGCCCCGGAGCAGCUCGGCCCGCGCCGCCCCCGGGAGGUGCCGUCUGCCGUCCAGGGAAGCCCCCGCCGGUCUCUGUCCCUUCUCUCGGUCCGGUAGUGGCUGUGGAUGUGUCCGAGCGCGACUCUUCAGUUGCAGGGCUCGGGUGAAGUGAAGAAGAAUGUCGUUGUUUAAAGCUAGAGACUGGUGGUCCACUGUGCUUGGAGAAAAGGAGGAGUUUGACCAGGGCUGCCUGUGCGUUGCUGAUGUCGAUAACAGUGGCAGCGGGCAAGAUAAAAUUAUUGUGGGCAGUUACAUGGGAUAUCUCCGAAUCUUCAAUCCACAUCCUGUGAAACCUGGAGAUGAAGCCCAAAUUGAGGACUUGCUCUUGGAAGUGCAGUUAAAAGAACCAAUAUUGCAGGUGGAAGUGGGAAAAUUUGUCUCUGGUACUGAAGGACUUCAUCUGGCUGUGUUGCACUGCCGAAAACUCUGUGUAUAUGCUGUUUCAGGAACUCUGGGAAAUGUGGAACAUGGGAACCAGUAUCAGAUUAAAUUGAUGUAUGAACACAAUCUCCAGCGAACUGCCUGUAAUAUGACUUAUGGUCCAUUUGGUGGUGUGAAAGGUCGAGAUUUGAUCUGCAUACAGUCCAUGGAUGGGAUGCUGAUGCUGUUUGAACAGGAGAGCUAUGCUUUUGGCCGCUUCUUACCUGGCUUUCUGCUGCCUGGUCCCUUGGCUUACAGCUCGCGGACAGAUUCCUUCAUUACAGUGUCCUCCUGUCAGCAGGUUGAGAGUUACAAAUACCAAGUGCUGGCCUUUGCGACGGACGCUGAUGAAAGACAGGAACCAGAACAGCAAAAACUUAGUUCUGGGAAAAGGCUUGUGGUGGACUGGGUUUUAAACAUCGGAGAGCAAGCCCUGGAUGUUUGUGUUGUCUCCUUUGAUCAGGCAGUUUCCUCUGUUUUUGUCCUUGGUGAGAGAAACUUCUUUUGCCUGAAGGAUAAUGGGCAAAUUCGAUUCAUGAAGAAGCUGGAUUACAGUCCCAGUUGCUUUGUUCCUUAUUGUUCAGUGAAAGAAGGAACAAUAAACACUCUGAUUGGAAACCACAGCAAGAUCCUGAAUGUUUACCAGGACGUCACACUAAAAUGGGCCACUCAACUUCCCCACAUUCCUGUAGCAGUGAAAGUAGCGAAUUUACAGGACCUGAAGGGUGUUAUAGUCACUCUGAGUGAUGCUGGGCAUCUUCAGUGUUCCUACCUUGGAACUGAUCCCUCAAUCUUCCAGGCUCCUAAGGUUGAGUCUAGGGAAAUAAACUAUGAAGAAUACGAUGCUGAAAUGAAAGAGCUUCAGAAAAUCAUCAGGGAAGCCACAACAACUCAAGCUGGUUUGCCCCAGUCUGAGAAACACAAAGAUCUAACUGUCACAGCAGAAGUUUCACCUGAUUUGGAUGCAGAAUCACAAGCCAUUGACAGUGAGGUGAAAGCAGAGGCAGUGCCAUCAGUCACAGUAAAGAUAACACUGCAGAGCAGAGUGACUGUGCAGAAGCCAAACCUGACAGUAAGCGUGCAAGCUCCGUUAGCAGUGACCUGUGACCAGUUCAUCUUUGAUGACUUAGAACAAGAUUCAUCUGAAACCGUGGUGGUGUCUGUCUUUUUGAAGGGGAACUGUUCUCCAUCAGAGCUAGAAGGAAAUUGUCUGGUUUCGUAUAACAUAGCCACAGAGCUCAACCCUGAAGGAAUACCAAGAGUUGCACAGUGUAACUUCAGGCUGCCUUUACGCUUGGUUUGCUCUCCAGCUCAGCCUUCCAAGGCAGCACACCACAAGCUGACCAUUGAGACCAAUAAACCUCCCAUCACUUUUCUCACCAUUUUCCCAGACUUUGUUGAUCCAUCUGAUGAUGACCAGGCAAACGUUCUGGGAUUUCAGUUUUUAACUGGCUCAAAAACCACUCUUCUGGCUUCUAAAACAUCGCAGCGCUACAGAAUCCAGAGUGAUCACUUAGAGGACCUUUGGCUGAUAACAAAAGAGCUCACACUUCGACUGGAAGAGCAUUUCAAGAAGCAAAACUGCAAGGAUUUUGCAUGCUCCUUCUCUGGAUCAAUUCCCCUGCAAGAGUAUUUUGAACUAAUUGAUCAGCAUUUCGAGCUGCGGCUGAACGCGGAGAGGUUUCAGGAGCUGCUGUCUGAAAGGGCUGUGCAGUUCCGAGCCAUCGAGCGCCGACUGCUGACGCGGUUCAAAGACAGAACUCCUGCUCCUCUCCAACACCUGGAUACCCUGCUGGAGGGGACAUUCAGAGAGGUAAUAGCUCUAGCAGAUGCAGCAGAAGCAAACCAAGCCAGCAUGUUCCAGGCAUUCACAAAGUUGCAAAGUGCCACCCAUCUGGUGCUUAUGCUGCUCAGUCUGUGGCAGAAGCUCAGCGCAGAUCAAGUCGCUAUUCUGGAAGCUACCUUUCUGCCCUUAGCAGAAGAGACACAAGAACUGGGCUGGGAAGAAACUGUGGAUGCUGCCAUUUCUUACUUGUUAAGAACUUGCUUGUCCAAGAGCUCUAAGGAACAGGCCCUGACUGUCAGCAGCCAGUUGAGCAUGCCCAAAGAUACGAGCAGACUGAAGAAAAACAUCACCCUCUUCUGUGACAGACUGGCCAAAGGUGGUCGCCUUUCCUUGGGUACAGACUCAGCCACUCAGCAAGCUGCUGUCCUGCUAGGUGGCUGCGCUACGAUCCCCGAGUCCGAGUUGGAGGAGGGAGCAGUUGUACCUGGCUCUGCAGCACAGCUUCCCACUCACAGGAAGAUGGCAAAGCAGAAAUCCAAGCCAGGCUCGGUAAGCCUUAACGACCCUCCGACGGCCUCUGCAAGACAGCGAGGGGACAAGCGUCUGGACCGUCCUUUGAGCCAGCCUAACUCACCUGCUUGUCUGAAGAGGCAGGAGUGGAAGCUGAAAAGCCAUGAAAGCUGAAGACAGCCCUCAGAAGGAAUUUAUCUGCUGCAGUGCUAAUCUGUUGUACUCUGUACUGAUUGCAGCUUCCAGGAGGAGAGGACUGUGCUAAUUUACACCAAAAAAAUAGGAGUUCCGCUCUCAUCAUUUUGGUUGGGUCUCCAACUGCUGGAAUCCUUUCUGUGAGCAAAGUUUAAGCCCUUGCCCAAGUGUGGUAAGGGCAUUGUGCUAUGCUUUGCAAUAUAUCAGCCUGUUCUAAGGAUUCAGUUGAUUGAUCAAAGACUGUUUACACAUAGUUAAAAGCAACCUUUGUUUCAGGAUAUGUUUUAUCUUAAAGAAAAAAAUACCAGCAAGAGAGAUUCUGAACUGUACCUCCCUUUGAGAUUAUAUUAACAUUUGUUAUAUCACAGUUUUGACAACAGAUAACUAUCUUGUUUCCUCCUGUACUAACAUUCAUGAGUCCAGACAGCUGAAUUCACCACCAGAAGACAAGCUGGUAAUCCAUCAAACCUUUUUUUUCCCCUCCUCCCUCCCCCUUCCCUUUCCCUCCUUUCUCAUUGCUUAUACAGACUCCUGCUCUCUAGAGAUAUCAAGUAAAAUAUGGUUUCUGGAUCUAAAGGGCAAACCCUUUUGCCAUUAACUAUGUCACUAUGAAUGUGAAUAAAGUUUAAGGUGUGGGUAUGUUGAGCACAGCAA